AUGGCAUCUGCCCCUUCACAAAUCAUUCUUCUUCAACUGUUCCUGUAUGCCUUUCUCUCUACAGCAGCAUUCUUUCUAAGAGAUCCAAGUUCAUCUACUGAUGAUCAUCACCUCAAAAGUUCCACUCGCUUAAAAGCAUUAACAUUUGGCCAGACACUUCAAGAACGACAAACUGUUAAUCAGUACUUGGAAAAAAUUAAAGAAUAUGAAGUAAAACAGCAUCCUGAAGAAGUUGAGGCCGGAAAAUUCGAUACGAAACUGUCGAGAGCGUUGAACGAUUUUAUGCGACGCCAAAAAGAUGACUCAACUAAGAGUAUUAAUCCGGAAGAAAAUGGCAGACAUUUCGAAGGAGAUAUCGUAUUGGAUGCUGAACAAGCAAAGGAUAUCUAUGAACGAACCGUCCAACAGAGACGAAGGACGAAACGAAAAUUUGUGAGUUCUGAGCUAAGAAGAUGGGAUCCUCAUAAACCAAUCGUUUACAGCUUCGACGGAUCCCAUACAUUACGCGAACAACGCAUAAUAGAAUUGGCAUUACAGCACUGGCAUAAUAUAACAUGUUUAAAUUUUGAAAGAAGAAAUGAUGAACCGGAAGGUAACAGAAUUAUAUUCACUGACGUCGAUGGAUGUGCUUCUAAUGUCGGACGGCAUCCUCUCGGUGAACCGCAAUAUGUUUCUUUGUCACCUGAAUGCAUACGGUUAGGUGUUAUCGCACAUGAAGUGGCACACGCACUUGGCUUCUGGCAUGAACAAUCAAGACCCGAUCGCGAUAAUUAUGUGACUGUACGUUGGGAAAACAUUGAUCGAGACAGUAAAGGACAAUUUCUAAAGGAAUUACCGGCUGAUGUAGAUAAUGGUAGUGUGCCAUAUGAUUAUGGCAGCAUAAUGCAUUAUAGAAGCAAAGCAUUCGGCCGUUAUGAUGAUUUAUUCACACUGAACACGAAUAUUGCCGACUACCAAAAAACGAUCGGUCAAAGAGAUCAAUUAUCGUUCAACGAUAUCCGUCUUAUGAAUGUUAUUUAUUGCACCAAUGUAUGCCCUAAAGAACUACCAUGUCUCCGUGGUGGUUACACAGAUCCGAGAAGAUGUGAUAGAUGUCGUUGUCCGGAUGGAUUCACUGGACGGUUAUGCGAAGAAGUAAUGCCUGGUUAUGGUGCUGAAUGUGGUGGACGUUUACAGUUGGGUUUAGGAUGGACCCGUAUCACUAGUCCUGGCUAUCCGACUGAAUUCCGUGAGGGUCAAGAGUGUAGUUGGUUGUUAACUGCUUUGCCAGGUCAACGAGUUCAACUGAGAUUUUAUGGUGAAUUUGAGAUGUACUGCAAAGUGCAGCAUUCACUUUGUAUGGAUUAUAUCGAGAUUCGUAACUCAACUGAUUUCGCGAAUACGGGAAUGCGAUAUUGCUGCUAUGGCGCACCAAAAACUACGAUAGAGUCGGCUACAGAAGAUAUGUUGGUGUUGUUUCGUUCGUUUUAUCGAAGUGGUAAAGGAUUUCAAGCACAAGUGAGGUCAAUCCCUCUGAACGGUGCGUUAUUGAGUGAACCGCAAUGGUCUGAAUGGUCGCAGUGGUCUGCAUGUAGUGCAUCUUGCGGUGCAUGUGGCACACGGACCCGUCAACGGUUGUGUCCUCUGGGGCAUAACGAUUGUUUCGGUGAAUCGACGCAAAAUGAGNUCUGUAACGAUGCACCGUGCAGGGGAUAUUGUACGAAGAAAAAGUUCGUUGAAACGAAAUGCGGAGGACUGCUUGAUUUAAUAACUGGCUUGAGAUGCAGGCAGUGA